AUUGCAUUAAUUCAACACUGUGCAUAUAUUAAAUGUAAUUUUUUUCGUAAUGAGUUUAAUUUUAAUAUACUAUUUUCCUUAAAUGUUUUCACAAUUUUGUCUUCAUUUUUCUUGAUUACUUUUAAGAAUGACACGUUUCAGUCGGUACUGAUCAUAUUUUGCACAUAAUAAUUGUACACGAUUAGAAUAUUUUACACAAAUAUAUGGUACACAAAAAUUGUACGCGGAAAAACUGCCCACAAGAAUUAUCCUUGAUAAAAAUUGCAUACGGAUAUAUUGUGCGCAGAAAAAUUGUCCACUACACGCAGUUUUUUCACGUAGAAUUUUUUUGUGUACAAUAUAUUUGUGUAGAAUAUUCUAAUCGUGUACAAUUAUUUUGUGUAGAAUAUGAUCAGCGUCUUUCAGUCUAGUAUUACAUGUCGAUGGCGAAAUCUUAGUUCUUUUCGCACUCUUGGUGAGCCGGUUUUAUUUAUCCAGAAAGCGUUUUUUGUUCACGAAAAACACAUCACACAGUGGUAAAUAAUAUUCAUUUUAAGAAUAAAAUAUGCUUUGUAUAAAUUUAUUUAUUAUUGAUGUAAAAGAACAUUUUUAGUUUAGCAUAGCAUUAACGGUUAUACUAAGGCAUAUAGCGUUCAAGAAUAGAAUUUACUUACAGCAAGAUUCAUUUUUUUUGUGUAUUGAUGACCGCGGUAAAUAAUUUUUUCGUUGAUGCAUUCAAGAUAAAACGAAUUGAUGGAAACGGCAUAAUGAGAUAAGACGGCCGCAGGAGGAUCAUAGACGCCUUGGAUAGUUUGACGUGCCUGCGCGUCCCAACAAAAGUCGUAUAACGACAGCUAUCGCUUUUUGUAAUGGCUUUUUUGGUAGGUGAUUAGGAUGGUGACACCCUGAGUUGGUACGUGACAACACCUAGAGAUCGCAGCCUGGAGUCACGUACUCCAGGUACAUACAUAUAUACGCAUAUUUAUUUCGUACCUGUGCGUUUGCGCGCAUGUAUAUGUGUGCGUGUAUGUGCGUGCAUGUCAUGCGUGACUCUGAUCUUUCUAUUGUACAAUUGUUAUACGCAGUAUCAAGCAGAAUUCAAAACGUGCGUUUGCUAAAGUGUUCAGAGAAGAAUAUUACUAUCCUGUCUACAAAAUAUCUUGUUUACCAAGGAGUUUUUGUAAUCAGCACUCGUUUGCAAAACGUCUAUUAGCAAGAAAAUAAUAGAAAAUGGAGGAGAUUCGUAUGCCAGUACGUAACUCGCCAUCGAUAGAGCACACCUUGCGUCCAAUAUCUUAUGUGUCUUGGUUCAUGGGCGUGGGUAUUGCACAUCCGCUAAAGUGUCCAAAGUUUGUGACGAUAGUCAUACGUAUCAUACACCUGGUUAUGUGUACAGUGUUCCUAACAAUUUUCAUCCGUAAGAGCGUUUCGGCUUUAUCUAUGGAUUCAGUAAUACAAUUCGCCUUGAUUAUAGAUAAGACGAUAGACUUCGUAGCGGCAUAUUAUUACAUUUAUCACGGAAUCAGACAGUAUGACACGUGGCCAGAGCUGAUGUACAAAAUAAAGGAGCUCGAUCGAAAAAUUAGAAAAGAAACACACAUGAACGAUCGACCCGUAAAAGUCAUGGAAGUAGUAGCGAUUCUUAUGACUUUUGUGUGUUUGAUCCCGAUUGUACUCUACCUAUAUCACUUUUUUUAUUCAAAUAACCGUGUGAUGAAAAGUCUUCCUACUUAUUACAUGAUGGCACGGUCGACGAUCAACAGUUUCUUCUUCGGUGUUGUUGUUUACGUGCUUUAUUACAGAUAUAAAAUGAUAAAUAAGAUGCUCGGUCAUUUGGAUAAGCUAUCUGAUGCGCCAUUGAUCGCGCUCAAGAUUAGACGCAUUAGAGAACUGCAUAACGAUAUUUGUGACCUAGUAAUUGUGAUAAACAAUAUUAACAGUUUUUAUCUUCUUCUCUUCUCGGCAAACUGCUUUUCUAUUCUAACGACUACACUAUACUAUGGAUAUAUACGUUUUAUGAAUCAUAUGCCUUUGAGUGUAUUCAUAUAUUGCGUGACUUCGUUGUACACUAUUCAAUUUGGUGUGAUUUGCUGGGUUUGCAAACUCGCGUGCCAAGAAUUCGAGAAAACCAAGACAAUUAUGUGUGCAAUUGCACUGAAAUGCCAAUUUAUGAAGUUUGACGAACCGAACGAUACCAGGAAUCAAUCGAGUUUAGAGGUACGACCGCCAUUGGAAAGCGCGGACGGCGAGCAAAAUUUUAAUUGGAGUAACAGUUACGAUUGGAAUUACGUUGUCGUGGAAAAACUUUUGCGUAAAAUUUUGGCUCGCGACCAUGUCAAUAAUGAAAUUAAUGCUUUUCUUAUUCAACUACAACAUCGUCGAGUAUCAUUUACGGCAUGCGAUUUCUUUGAAAUGAACAAUAAUCUGUUCUGUGGUUUUGUCGGUAUAAUCGUCACAUAUUUGAUAAUUUUCAUUCAAUUUUAUAAAUCUAAACAAAAACAAAGUGCAACUUGUACUGGUAAUUUAUGA